CACGAAACCGCAUAACUGAAUAAAACACUUACUGUUUUUUUAAUCUUAGAAGUUGAACAUUGGCAGAAAAAAAUGGAUAUUCGGUUUGCCGUGUUACUUUUCGUUAUCUGUAUGUGCUUUUCGGCAUCUCACAGUAAAAGUAUAUAUAAACCGACACCCACUGAAGUUGAUGACGUCAUUGAAGAGACAGUUCGUUUAAUGCGAGCAGCGGCGAAUGAUGAUGUCAGACUAAGGAGAGAAGAAGAUGAUAGUGUGUCUACGGAAGACUCUGACUCUUCAGACAGUGUUUCUACUGGGGAUUCAUCAAGCAGGAAGAAGCGUUCUGACAGUGGUGACAGUGACAGUGCUUCUACAGGAGAUUCUGACUCCAGUACCGGUGAUGACAGUAACAGUGUUUCUACGGAAGACUCUGACUCUAGUGCUAGUGACUCAUCAAGCAGGAAGAAGCGUUCUGACAGCGGUGACAGUGACAGUGUUUCUACAGCAGACUCUGACUCCAGUACCGGUGAUGACAGUAACAGUGUUUCUACGGGAGACUCUGACUCUAGUGCUAGUGACUCAUCAAGCAGGAAGAAGCGUUCUGACAGUGGUGACAGUGACAGUGUUUCUACAGCAGACUCUGACUCCAGUACCGGUGGUGACAGUAACAGUGCUUCUACGGGAGACUCUGACUCUAGUGCUAGUGACUCAUCAAGCAGGAAGAGGCGUUCUGACAGCGGUGACAGUGACAGUGACAGUGUUUCUACAGCAGACUCUGACUCCAGUACCGGUGAUGACAGUAACAGUGUUUCUACGGGAGACUCUGACUCUAGUGCCAGUGACUCAUCAAGCAGGAAGAAGCGUUCUGACAGUGGUGACAGUGACAGUGUUUCUACAGCAGACUCUGACUCCAGUACCGGUGGUGACAGUAACAGUGUUUCUACGGGAGACUCUGACUCUAGUGCCAGUGACUCAUCAAGCCGAAAGAAGCGUUCUGACAGUGACAGUGCUUCUACAGGAGGUUUUGAUUCCAGUACCGGUGAUGACAGUAACAGUGUUUCGACGGGAGACUCUGACUCCAGUGAUAGUGACUCAUCCAGCAGAAAGAAACGUUCUGACAGUGAUGACAGUGAUAGUGUUUCUACAGGAGACUCUGACUCCAGUGCCAGUGACUCAUCAAGCAGAAAGAAGCGUUCUGACAGCGGUGACAGUGACACUGUUUCUACAGCAGACUCUGAAUCCAGUGCCAGUGAUGACAGUAACAGUGUUUCUACGGGAGACUCUGACUCCAGUGCCAGUGACUCAUCAAGCAGAAAGAAGCGUUCUGACAGUGACAGUGCUUCUACAGGAGAUUCUGACUCCAGUACCGGUGAUGACAGUAACAGUGUUUCGACGGGAGACUCUGACUCCAGUGCCAGUGACUCAUCCAGCAGAAAGAAACGUUCUGACAGUGAUGACAGUGUUUCUACAGGAGACUCUGACUCCAGUGCCAGUGACUCAUCAAGCAGAAAGAAGCGUUCUGACAGCGGUGACAGUAACACUGUUUCUACAGCAGACUCUGAAUCCAGUGCCAGUGAUGACCGUAACAGUGUUUCUACGGGAGACUCUGACUCCAGUGCCAGUGACUCAUCAAGCAGAAAGAAGCGUUCUGACAGUGACAGUGCUUCUACAGGAGAUUCUGACUCCAGUACCGGUGAUGACAGUAACAGUGUUUCGACGGGAGACUCUGACUCCAGUGCCAGUGACUCAUCCAGCAGAAAGAAACGUUCUGACAGUGAUGACAGUGACAGUGUUUCUACAGGAGACUCUGACUCCAGUGCCAGUGACUCAUCAAGCAGGAAGAAGCGUUCUGACAGCGGUGACAGUGACAGUGUUUCUACAGCAGACUCUGACUCCAGUGCCAGUGACUCAUCCAGCAGAAAGAAGCGUUCUGACAGCGAUGACAGUGUUUCUACAGGAGACUCUGACUCCAGUACAGGUGAUGACAGUAACAGUGAUUCUACGGGAGACUCUGACUCCAGUGCCAGUGACUCAUCAAGCAGGAAGAAGCGCUCUGACAGCGGUGACAGUGACAGUGUUUCUUCAGGAGACUCUGACUCCAGUACAGGUGAUGACAGUAACAGUGUUUCCACGGGAGACUCUAACUCCAGUGCCAGUGACUCAUCAAGCAGGAAGAAGCGUUCUGACAGUGAUGGCAGUGACAGUGCUUCUACAGGAGACUCUGACUCCAAUACCGGUGAUGACAGUAACAGCGUUUCUACAGGAGACUCUGACUCCAGUGCCAUUGACUCAUCAAGCAGGAAGAAGCGUUCUGACAGCGAUGACAGUGUUUCUACAGCAGACUCUGACUCCAGUACAGGUGAUGACAGUAACAGUGUUUCUGAAGGAGAGUCUGACUACAGUGCCAGUGCCUCAUCAAGCAGAAAGAAGCGUUCUGACAGUGAUAGUGCUUCUACAGGAGACUCUGACUCCGGUGCCGGUGAUGACAGUAACAGUGUUUAUACAGGAGAGUCUGACUCCAGUACCGGUGACUCAUCAAACAGGAGGAAGCGUUAAAUCAGACAGAAGGAAACAGCGUUAUAUAGACACAUAUGGCGAUAUUGAGGGUAAUGGUAUUGGCAAUACUGUAUCAAGCAAUAAACUUUUUCAUCUGUAUGAACCACAAUAUGAUUAAGGAUAUUGUAAUGAUUUAGUGAUCAGUAUUACAUGAUGUAUUAUUUAUACAUUUCUGAACACUGACUGAGAACAUGAUUAUUCGAUUGAUAUCAAACAUAUUUUGCUUGUAACGGCUAUAGAGCUAGAUUUACUUUAAACAAUUGUGUUGUUAGUAUACCAUGCAGUCUUGUGAGGUCUACAAAAGUUUUUAACUUCAUUCGCAAGACUGAUAAAAUAUUCUAUUGUAAUUACGUAUGUAUAUGAAUAUGUAGAUAUAUCGAAAUAAAAAUGUUUCCUGAACUAAACAUUAUUUUAGAUCGACUAUAGGAAGUACAUGGGGAGCUAACCUACUUAUCCCGGUGUCGGCUUUGGCGUC